UCAAGAUGGCGACCAACUCGAAAGGUGAUGUAAAGCAUCUUGUUGUUGAUUCCGCUGGUUUUAUAAAAAAUAUUGAGCUUCAGUCAUUGGGAAAGCGUAUCUAUACCCUUCAAGAAGUAGUCCAGGAGAUAAAAGACAUCACUACACGGCAAAGAUUGGCUGUUUUACCGUAUGAAAUCACAUUCAAGCAACCCUCGACUGAGGCCAUAAAGGCUGUAACAGAUUUUUCCAAGCUGACUGGGGAUUUUAAAGUUCUCUCUGCUGUGGAUUUGAGAGUGUUGGCAUUAACGUAUCAGCUAGAGAAAGAGUUUUGUGGUACAGAUCAUUUAAAAACAAAGCCAGCAAAUGUGGUCAAGUUUUCAAAAGGCAAAACCAUGAACAAGAUUCCUGGGUUUUAUGUUGAAAAGGCUCAAACAGAUACAACUGCUGCUCAAAAUGAUGAAGAAAUGUCAGAGGCACGAGCCAGUACUGAAGAUUGUAAUACUGAUGAAGAUCCAGUUGGUGAUGACAGUGGUAAGACACUAGAAGAGGAAAUAGAUGAGAUAUCAGACCUACCAGGAUGUAGCAUAUCAGAAUAUACACAUGCCAUGGCGUCCAGUAGCAGUUUACAAAAUAGUUCAAGAGUUCAAGAACCAACUCAGCUACAAGCAAUUGGUGAUGCAGAACAAAUGGAUGUUCAAGAAAUCGACAAUAGAACAGAUGAUCCUGGUGAUGACGAGGGAUUUGUAGAGGAAGAUGAAGAUGGUUGGAUCACCCCUCAAAACAUACAAGCAAUAAGAGAUGAAAUGGGUGAUCUUGGACUGGAUGCAGUUCCAGCAGAUGUAGAAGUUGGCUGUUUGACAACUGAUUUUGCAAUGCAGAAUGUGUUGAUUCAAAUGGGACUUCAUGUUGUAUCUGUUGAUGGAAUGCUUAUACGUGAAGCGAAAAGUUAUGCUUUGAAGUGUUAUGCCUGUUUUAGGGUUACUCAUCAGAUGGAGAAAGGUUUCUGUCCCUGGUGCGGUAACAAGACACUUUCUCGUGUUUCUAUAUCAAUUGAUGAAAAUGGUGUCACAAGAUAUAAUGUUACUAGCAGAAARAGACCUUUCAAUAUCCGAGGAAAAAAGUACCCACUUCCUCUCCCACAAGGAGGUCGAAGUGGCGAAAAUCCAGUCCUCGUUGAAGAUCAGCCACGUGGUCAGCGUCGCCUCCCUCCAAAAAGAGACAAAGUUGACGUCAUGGACCCUGAUUUCGUGGCGCGGUCCUCCCCGUUUAUGAGUCAUGACGUAAAUAGCCGAGCUGUUCAUCUUGGAUUUCAUGUAGAUGGUAAUUACUGGAAUAAGCGCAACCCCAACGAAGCGAAAAAAAAUCGAGGACGAAGAAAAAAGAAAUAAUAUUCUAGACAAUCAGACAGUGUAUUAAUUUAUCGAAACAUUUAAGUGACUCAUCUUUCGCUUCUUGUUGUACAUUUUACGGAAGCAUAUUUUAUCAUGCGAUAUGGCUAUUCCUACCAUUCUCGUACCCAGAUACUCUCAGCUUCCUAAGGAGGGUCUGGGUACGAGAAUGUAUUUACGCCUUUUCCACCUUCCUACUUUGCACAGUCUGUAAAAGAAACACAUCCACUGUCCAUCACGAGUAAAAUUAACUUUAUUUCGUAUACAUUUCGUAUAUGUAGAUAUAUAUAUAAUAUGAGGUUAUAGAAUUUACAGUUGGGAGUAUAUACUGCGCAUUAGUAAGACCUAAGAGCGUUCAUUUUGUUUGUUGUAACCAAAAACUAUGAUUUAUAUUUACAUUACGUAAAAAAAGAAAUAUACAGGGAAUUCAUAGAUCCCGUGUUAGUCAUUAACUGAAAUCUUUCGCGAGGGAACUCGCGAGGGACUCGCGUUGAAGAGGAUUGUCACAAAAAUUAAUUACAAAAGAUGAAAAUAAACGAAUUUGUAUGAGCUGA